UUUUUUAAAUUGAGUUUCACAUUUAAAUGAAAUAAAUAUCUCAGUUUAUUAACGUCUGUAAAAGUUCAGCCAACUAUGUUACUAACAGAACAACCCCCUGUAACUAAAAAUGGUUUGUCCCAAAACCAUGUGACCAGCAUCACGGGAUGUCAUCUCUCUCAGCGGCAGCCAUUUUGAACACAUUCUGCUCAAAGACACAUAAUGAACUUGUUAUUCAAUAUCAUUUCCAUCUAAGGAGAAAAUUUUCCGACUUGAGAAUCGGCAACAAACUCUCCACUGAUGAGAGAGAGAGCAUGAUCCGAGUACAGAGCCCCUGCAAGGUAAUCUGCUGUUACCGAUGUUUCGUUUUCUCCUGCGAUGCUUCAGUCAGCAGUACCGGCUUAGACUUGGGUCGUUCCCAGAGCCGCAACACCUCAGAAUCCCGAAGGCAUGCUCAUCUUCUAGGCUGUGUCCUUGGGAUAUUGAAAAACAGUCUGUCAAUGAGCCCUGAGAGCGGAAACCAACAUCGUAAAGACCGAAGUUUGAGUGCAGCUGUAGGUCAGGUUCUUCGACAGAACCCUAUCCACCUUAACAAGGAAAAAGACAUUAAAGGAGAGAUAUUACUGAAGCAAAGGAAGAUCACUAGUCCAGGACGUUCUCCUGAGGAACUUCUGCAGCAAUGUCACACAGCUGGGACAACGACCACAAUCACAACAAUCUUCCUUGGUGCGAGUUUACUGAACUCAGUUCUUAUAAUGAGGUCUCUUCUUCACUGCUGUGAUGGGAUCUUAUGAAGUGGUCUAUUUUUAUCCAACUCAGAUCACCUUACAGUCUUAAAAAAGGCAUUUCAAAUGAGGCCAGUUGGCGAGAUUUGAGUCUAAAGGAAAAGCAACACGAAAAAAAAAAUCUGAUGGAAGGGCGGUGUAAUGAUUGACUCUUUCUACCGCAUUCAUUUGCAUUUCCAUAUCAGCAAAUUCACGGACGCACCAAUUCAAGUAAGAAGACAUCUGAGAAAAAUAAGAACCAUGUAAAUAAAAGUAGACAGUGGAACUAAUAAUUAAAAAAUCAUUCAGUUUACUUUUGGUAUUGCUUGC